AUGGAACAGGACGAAGAGAGACGUGAACGACACAAUCAGUUUGUCGCAGAGCUCCGCGAACAGGACCGGUGGCUGCCGAUUAACAAUGUUGGACGACUCAUGAAGAACACGUUACCAGUUACUGCCAAAGUUUCUAAAGAUGCUAAAGAAUGCAUGCAAGAGUGUGUUUCGGAGUUUAUAUCUUUUGUGACUAGCGAAGCCAACGAUCGAUGUGCUGCUGAUAAAAGGAAAACAAUUAAUGGAGAAGAUAUACUGAUUUCGCUUCACGCAUUGGGUUUUGAGAACUAUGCCGAAGUCCUCAAGAUUUAUUUGGCAAAAUACAGACAACAGCAAGCGUUAAAGAAUCAAAUGAUAUACUUGCGAGGUGAAGACGAGGUUCCAGAGGGCGAAGAAAGUUUACCAGAUGAAUACGAAGGUACAAGCGAAGUGAAUGUUGAAACUGCGGAAACGAAACAUGAAUACCACCCUGACGCUAAAGAUCAGCAAGAGACGGUUGUUGACGAAGAACCAGCCAGUUUGGAGGGCCAAUAUAGCAAAUCCCCAGAAGAAGACUCUGAUGCUCAGUUGUUUAUGUGA